AUGCCCCCUGUUCGUCCCCUCCUCCUUCGAGUCACGCUGAACCUCCCCCGUACCGAAAACAAUGCUGCGACAGCUACUAGUGACCUGCAGUGGCAGCCUGUUAUCGGUAUCGUAGCUGGUUUCCUGUCUAUUCUGCUUGCCGUCUACCUCCUGCAUUCAUUGUUCCAGUUCCACACUUCAGGCGUCCCUCAUCGCGUUCUCAGAUACAUACUUCCUUCAGGCACUCGCCGUGUCUCGCAUUCCGUCACUGAAAGUGAGACGUCGGGUUCGUGGGCCGACCUUUCGAGUUCAGCUAGUCCAGCUCCUCCUCCUUACACAGCAAGAUCGAUCGCAAUUCCCCUCUACACAGUUACAGUUCCACCUCGGUCGCUCCAAGGCGGGCUACCGAACAAUGCAUCUUUGUCGGACGAUCCGAGGACUCCUUCCGAUGUAAUGAUUGAUGCUGAGUUCAACACAAAAGAUUGGCAACGGGUAUCGAUUGGGUAUUGUCUCUCGAUACAAACCGCUGCGUACGUCCUUGUUAAGCCCCCGUGCCUCCGAAUGCAUCUGCGCACUAGUACAUAUAUGGAUGAGUCGUCCCGGGCCCCUUUCAAAUCUGCAAUAUACCUGCUAACAUGUGCGAAGGGUACGGAGACAUUCGGUUGGUCCCGAAUCAUAACUAUUGCAAUUGGAGAAUGAGCAGAAUGUUCUCAAAGGAGCCGCGGCUCGAUAUUCGGGCAUUGGAUUUUACAGGGCCGCUUUCUAUAGGUGCCCUAGUGUCGCCGGAAGGUGAGGUCAAGGUCCCUUGACUCGGAGGUGACAGUGGC